AGCACCACGUGUUUAUUGCACUGCAAUCAAGGCAACUGUCGUUUUAGUGAUCCCCUAGUAACCAUGUUUCUCGUUGUAUAACAAGAGCCUGAAAUUUGAUUUUUGACUAGAAUUGGAAAUUGUUUUCAUGGUUUUGUGUCUAUUUUUUAAAUUAAAAUAACUAACAACAGAUAUUUGACCAUAAUAUAACUUGGUUAUAAUGGCACAACUAAAUUGCCCUCCCUGCACGCCUUGUGCCGCUGUGUGUAUCGAACACGAACCCAUUCAAACGUGUGAAGAAAUCAAGAAAAAGAAACUUCCCAAGCGCCGUCAAUAUCUGUACAAACUUCAAGAAAUCCGGAAGAAACCUCGCCUAAUCCGUUGGGGUCAUGAAACAUCCUACGAAAACCCGUUCCACGUUCACAAGGAACCUCCGCCACCGUGCGCUGAGGACAUCGAACUGAAGACUAGCCCAGUGGGGUUGCCUGCUAGUGAUCCGCCACCGUACCUUCCCCAGCGGGACGGGAAUUCCGAUGUUCACCCAUUGGCCCGUCCGAUGGGUCCCAUUGGUCCCUGGGCUUCCGGGCGAAUCGAUUGGGGUGCCUUAUCCGGACAAACCGGCACACGUCCCGUCGUGGAUCGAUAUUCCAUCACUCGGUACUCGGUGGACGAAUGGCGCCAAAGGAACGCCGAUACGAUCGACGCCUGCGCCGCGACGACCACCAAGAGUGAGAAGAUCGAACGCGAUAGCAAGAAUACCAUCAUCCGGACGUAUGCCAUCACGGAUAAGAACCAAGCGAACUGCACCGAAAGCCUGCAUGCCCGGGCCAAAACUAUUGAUGACAUGAAGAGCGACCUGGAGCGCGCCAUCAAAGCUAUGCAGGAUGAGAUUAGCACCUUGGAGGAGCAACGAAGGCGGCUGAAGCAAUCCUUGGCUGUGCUACGGAUGCCGGAAGCGAUAGCAUCCGAAUGCCUCGAGCGUAGAACGGGUCGCCCUGACACGGAACUCAUCCGCGACAGGCCGGAAGAGGAACUCAUCCGUGAGGUAUCUCUGAUCGCCGAAAUCCGGGCAAUAUUGCUGAAGACCCUCGCGGAAAUCGAAGCCCAGCAGGUGCAGAACCGAGCUGCCCGCCAGAGAAUGGAGUUCGACUGGAGCGAUAAGAAGCUGGCCCAUGAAAACGACGCCAUCAACUGUAAUCUGACCAAUAAGUCGACCAUUACGUUGUUCCGUCCGGGUGCCACCAGAUGCCCUAAUGAACAAUCGACGGAAAUCUACUGGGAGAAGUUUAGUCGGGAGACUCUGGCGAUGUGUUUGGACUGCCGGAAGCAAUCGGAACAGUUGCGAGGCACGCUGGAUGCCAUCCUGACGAAUGCAGCUCGGGAUCUUCGUUCGCAGGCGGACCGUGUCGAGCGAGCUCUAGCCGAUCGUAUCACAUGCAUGGAAGAAGUUCGUCAAAAGCUAGAAAUUGACCUUCGAUCUACUCUCCAACAUCUGGCCGAUACGGAGAUCCAGAUCGAAAAGCUCAAGGUUGCCAUCCGUAACAUGGAUCACGCCAUGAAGGUGGUUCAGACUCGUCUGGAUAACAGAAACCAAAGGCCACGGGUGGAAAACUGCCGAGAUCAGUCACAAGCCCUGCUCAUCGCCGAAGUGAAAUCGAUCGAGGAAGGACUUUCCGCCAUGAAUGCCCAGCUCAAACAGGAGGAAGAGGUGAAGAACGAUCUCAUCAUGCGCCGCGGUGAACUGGAGAAGGAAAUAAUGAUGAAACGACGAACCAUUGCCAUCGAUCGGGAUCGGUGCCAGCUGCUCAGAACGCACUUCCCUUCGGCUACAGCACUGAGCGGCUAUUGAUAAUGAUGCGAAAUACUAUAAUAACAUUUCAACAGAUUUUAUUAAUUUCUUCUAUGAAAAGAUCACGGAAUGGCACAAAUUGUUUGAGUGUUCCUUGCACUGAGUACACAAUUUGAA